GCCAAGAAAGGCAGCACUGUUCCCCAGAAAAGUGCCACCUGCGGCCGCAGUUUCACUUUCGGUUUCACCCGGGUGGUCCGCGGAGGCAAGCUAGUGGCGCUGCUGGAGAGGAGGUUUGGAUCCCGGCCACCAGAUGAGGAGCCUGGGGCCUUGAGAGGUGAAAUGAGGAAUUAUCCAAGGCAUACAGCUAAAUUAAGUAGCAGAGCUGGGAUUAGUCUCCCAAAUUCUUGAUCAGGAUUGUUAAAAUGAGUCUACGGAAACAAACCCCGAGUGACUUCUUAAAGCAAAUCAUUGGACGACCAGUUGUGGUAAAAUUGAAUUCUGGAGUGGAUUAUCGAGGGGUCCUGGCUUGCCUGGAUGGCUACAUGAAUAUAGCCUUGGAGCAGACGGAAGAAUAUGUAAAUGGACAGCUGAAGAAUAAGUACGGGGAUGCAUUUAUCCGUGGAAACAAUGUAUUGUAUAUAAGUACACAGAAGAGAAGGAUGUGAAGACGCCAGGAGUACAACACUUUUCAUACUGGGGUAUAUUUUUUUAUGAGAUUUUUGGGGGGUUCCUUUGUGACUUCCACUUGUCCCAUUUCAUAAUAGUUGGUGAUUUUUCACUGACCUGCGAGGAAGAGAAAUGUACAGAAUUGUGAUAAUGUAAUUGCGACGCGUUCCUUCCUAUUUAAGUUUCAGUCAUCUCCUUUUACCUCUGUGUCAGUGUGCAGAAAGCAAAAGAAUAAAAAAAGAAAGAAAAGCUA